AACUCCGCUGGGAGCGCGAGUCAUUCCUCAGGCAUCUUUCUAGAGGAUGCGUUGGUGAAACAAGGCUGAAAUGCGGAAGGAGCAAACUGUCUGCUCCAGUGGGGAUUUAAAACGCACACCUGGCAUGCUGAUUUAUCCGUGAGGGGCCGAAGUACGCCGGUAAACAUGUCGCACUUCUUACCAGAGCUCGAACAGGAAUCGUUCAGCCCCGAAGACUUUGUUGAGCGCCUUGCCUGGCGCAGCCUGGGAGGCAACAUGGACCCUGAGACCUUUGACCCUAGUGUGCUGCAGGAGGCAUUCAAACAAGGCAUUCGAGACCUGCAGGUCCUCUUUGAGAUGACCCAGAAGAAGUGUGAACGCCUCGAGAUGAUCUGUCGGGAGGAGGAAGCACGUCAUUGCCACAAGGUGGCCGAACUCCAGGACAAGAACAAGUCCUCAUAUGCCACAUACAAGGAGCUGGAUUCGCAAAUUGGCUAUGUGGCAAUGAAGGUGGUGCACUUGGGCGAUCUCCUGGAAAGUGUGAACACACCUCGUUCACGCGCCGUCGAGGCACAGAAGCUGAUGAAGCAUUUUGCAGAGUUUCUUGGCCCAGAGCAUGGGCCGCACACGGGUAUCUUCCAUGACCCAGCCAAGCUUCACGAAGCUGCGGACAUUAUCCAGAAACUUCAUCUUAUAGCUCAAGAGUUGCCUUACGGAAAGUAUGACCCGUUUUUAAUCGGUGUGCAUUGUUACGUGUUUGAAAAGGCACGUUUGAAAAUUGCACAGAAGUAUAAUGAAAUUGAGAAGGCCCUGAUUGCCGAAUUUGUGCGAGCGCAUCAUGAGGGUGACAAGGAAACCAUGAGACAAGUGGCAGCUGUGCUGUCCCACUUUAAGGGCUAUGCUAACUGCAUUGACACAUUUAUUGACGAGAGCCAAAUGGGUGCAUUCAUGAAGAAGGACAUGUUCUCCAACAUAGUGCCUCUUUGUGAACGGAGUGAGCAAGUAAUUGAAGAGGUCUUUACCAACCCGGAGCAAGUAAUGUGCAAGUUUGUCUCCAACAUCUACAAUGGGAAGCUGCAGGAAUACAUUCAGUCGAACCUGAGUGACCGCAGUGACCCAGAGAAAUACCUUCGGACCCUGUAUGAGCUCUACUCAAAAACAAUGCAGCUGUCUUCCAACCUUUCCAAGUUCAAGAUGGGAAACGACCCGGCUUUUCUGAAGAAGUUGACGCGCCAGAUUUUCUCCAAGCAUUUGGACCCUUACUUGUCCAUUGAGAUGCAAUACCUGAGGGACAAAUGCUGCACGGUGCUCAACAGGUACUAUGAAUCCAAGAACCACCACAAGCGGCAGUUUCAGUUUGGCGGAAUUCAUGACCUCCGUCGUGACCUUCAGGCGAAGCUUGGUGCCCGUUCUAACAUCAACAUUGCUCCAACAGUGGAGAACUUUGGUGGUGAGACGUUCCUCUCGGAAGAAGUAGCCAUCAAUCUCCUCCAGGAGAGCAAACUGGCUUUCCAACGAUGCCAGCUGUUGUCCAAGCCUACGGAGCUGCCAAAAAGCGUGGCACAGAUUUUUGACAUACUGCUGAACGGCCUUUGCAUUGAGCACAUCCACUAUGCUUUGGAGAUUGGCCUAAGAGCCAUACCCGUGUCUGAACCAAAGAGUGAGCCAGAGAUUUAUUUCUUUGACACGGUCAGGCAGUGCAACUCCAUUUACCAGCUUCUUGAGAAGCUUUUUAAUAACAACGUGGCACCUCUCCUCCUGUCUACUCCCGAGCAUGGUGUGUGUUUGCAGAAGAAGCGUGAACUCACUGAGCAGAUGGAGAUCAAGAUGGACACUGGUUUGGAUCGUUCAUUGGCGGCCAUUAUUGGCUGGGUGCACUGCAUCCUCCAGACGGAACAGAAGAAAACAGACUUCAAGCCCGAAGUGGAGGAUGUCAUUGAGACUACCAAAGUGGCUCAAAAGGUUGUCAAGUAUGUGACCAAGUGCAUUGAAAAACUUAGGGACUCUCUUGAUGGCACGAAUGUAGAUGCGGUGCUUUUGGAGUUGGGCGUGAGAUUCCACAGAACGAUCUACGAGCACAUUCAAACAUUUCAAUACAGUACUGUGGGCGGCAUGAUCCUCAUCUGCGACCACAAUGAGUACCGCAAGUGUGCUAAACAGUUCAAGAUCCCUGCUCUGGACAAAAUGUUUGAUGUGCUGCAUGCCCUCUGCAACCUGCUGGUGGUGGCACCGGAAAACCUCAAGGAUGUUUGUCGGGACGACCAACUGGCAAGCCUGGAGAGAGGUGUGUUGGUGAACUUUGUACAGCUGAGGACAGACUGCAAGGUUCACAAGCUCAUAAACCAGUUCAAAUGAGUACGCUUGGCCUGGAUGUGCUCUGUAUCAGCACUACAAUAAAGCCUGACUGGGUGGAAAGACAUAAUGGUGCUGCAA